AUGUCAGAUGCUUUGAAAUCAUUUGAAGAGAGCCUAACCAAUGCAUUGGGCUUCAAUAAAAGUAAACAUCACAAGUCGGCCAGUGUAAGUGAGGAUAGCAAGAACAGUGAACUUCUUACCAAAGAUUCUAAAAAUAAUGAUGAAAAUGAUGAGUCGACGAAACGAGAAACUGUGCCCAAUAAAAAAGGAUUUCAUGUAAGAUUUCCUAAUGACGAUGAGUUGGUCACUGGCUACAUGCAACCUGUGGUGCCAUGGAAAAGUGCAUCCGAAUGUUCGACCAAUGAACUGUUAACUUCCUACCUGGACUCCUGUCAGCAGUACGACACAACUCCCUCUGAAACCAUCCUAUCACAGAUCAAGCUGAUCAAAGACUUUGACAUCAGGAAUGAAUCACUAUCACUAAAAGGAAUGAUCAUAGAUUGGAAGGUCUGUGAGACCCUUGAAGAUAUAUUCAAGAGAGUUCAGUUUCAUACUCUGGAUCUUGAAUCUACAGGACUAAAUGAGCAGUCGAACACUUUGGAAUUUUUGGAGGCGAAAAAUUCAUCUGUACCCGAAUAUUCUUUCACUAAUUUUGUCAGGGGGGUCCAGGGAUGUUCCAAUCUGCACGCCUUACAUCUACAGAAUUCGAUUACCUCAGGGCGACAUCUACAGUUGCUUUCAAAUGGCGUAAGGGGUAACAAGUCAAUCAGGGACUUGUACCUUGGGGACAACCAUUUUAAUCCACCAGAUGGCCUGCAGAUUGCAUCACUCGUUAGAGAUAAUAAUUGUCUACAGCUCAUUGAUCUCAGGAAUAAUAAUUUACAGGACUCUGGAGCUACGCAUAUAUUCGAUGCAUUGGCCCAGUCAAAUAACAGUUCCCUCAAUACGUUGGUCGUUUGGAAUAAUAAACUCACCAAGUCCUCCAUGUCUAUGCUCUCUAAGAUGCUGAAAAGCACCCAGAGCCUGGAGACCAUAAACCUGGGCCACAACAACAUCACAAACGAGGGGGUGUACAAGUUGAAGGAUGGCCUGAUCAAGAAUAAUUCUCUCCUAAGAAUUGGACUGCAGGCUAUUAAGAUUACCUGUGAAGGAGCAGUAGCCUUAGCGGAGUUCAUCGUGGAACACACGAGGCUACAGAAACUGGACAUCAGGGGUAACAAACUUAAGACAGCCGGCCUCAUGGCCUUGUGUCAAUCGCUCAAGGUCAACCAUUCGGUCACCUGCAUCGAUAUGGACGUCUGCGCAGCUAAGCCUAACAUGCAUAUUAAUGAGGUCUGA